AGAGAGGGAUUGAAGCUCGAACAGAGGAUCUUCACGCGAACUUAUGAGCAUCGUGUUGUUCCUCUUCACAUAGAUCUGAAGAUCCGACCCAAACACCUACCUCUCUGUCGAUCGCUUCCAAUUCUGGUUUUUCUUCGACCAAUCAUUCACAGAUUCAACCAUUUAUCUCGAUCAAAUCACUCUCGCAACUUGCGAUGUCUCUGUAAAAUCAGCAUAUUCGAAACUAAAAGAGUCCCAACAUUCAUAUACAGAGAUACGUAUAACAUCGAUUCUUCGUAGUAGCACGUAACGAAGCUUCGAAUGGUUUCCAUGGAAAAACCAACUUCCCACAAAUCUCCUUCUCGUUCUGCUUCUCAAGAGAUGGAUAUGUCGAUCCAAGGACUCCAUGCAAAACAUAAACAGGAACUAGAAAAUUUGACACUAACAACACAGCCUUUCAAAACGAUGAAGUUUUUUAUUUUGGCUAUUAUUCAGUAUCUUAAGAAAUCCGUAUUAUAUCUUUUGGCACACGGUGGUUGGCUCAUGGUUUUGUGCACUUUUGUGGUGCUACUUGGAAUAUUGCUUGUUACCAUUGAUGGUCCUCAUGAAAAGCAUGUUGAGGAGCUUCGCCAAUAUUUUCAGUUUGGAUUGUGGUGGGUGGCUCUUGGUGUUGCAUCAUCUAUUGGUCUAGGAUCUGGUUUGCACACUUUUGUCCUUUAUCUGGGUCCUCAUAUCGCUUUGUUCACAAUAAAAGCCAUGCAAUGUGGCCGAGUUGAUAUCAAAAGCGCUCCAUAUGACACAAUACAAUUGAAGAGAGGUCCUUCGUGGCUUGCAAAGGAUUGCUCAGAAUUUGGUCCCCCAUUAUUUUCAUCUUUACAUGGUUCACGGGUUCCACUGAGCAGCAUAUUGCCUCAGGUCCAGAUGGAGGCUAUUCUAUGGGGCAUUGGUACUGCACUUGGGGAGCUUCCUCCAUAUUUUAUUUCCAGAGCAGCUCGCAUCUCAGGUAGCAGAUUGGAUGCCAUGGAAGAAUUGGAUGCUUCCUCAACUGAAGAUAAUGGAGUCUUACCUACUCACCUAACUCAGAUAAAGCGUUGGUUCCUGUCACACGCACAAUAUUUGAACUUCUUUACGAUUUUAGUGCUUGCUUCGGUGCCAAAUCCUCUAUUUGACCUUGCUGGCAUUAUGUGCGGACAAUUUGGGAUUCCUUUUUGGAAGUUUUUCCUUGCCACACUGAUCGGAAAGGCAAUUGUUAAAACUCACAUACAGACUGUGUUCAUUAUAUCAGUUUGCAAUAAUCAACUUCUUGACUGGAUAGAAAAUGAGUUGAUUUGGAUGCUUAGCUUUGUUCCUGGUCUUGCUUCUGUCCUGCCUAACCUCAUCUCCAAUUUGCAUGCAAUGAGAGCCAAGUAUAUGGCUACCCCAGCUCCUAUGCCCUCGAAUAUCAAGGUGAAGAAGUGGGAUCUUUCAUUCACUGCACUGUGGAACACCAUUGUGUGGCUCAUGAUCAUGAACUUUUUUGUUAAGAUUGUGACUUCAACUGCACAGAGGUAUCUUAAGAAACAGCAGGAAAUGGAAUUGGCGUCAAGGCAGUCGAAUGAUCAGUUGUCUUGAUGAACUUGCAAAGCAACCUUUUAUGCCUCUUUUUUUUUAACCCUCUUGCUUUUUCUUUUCUUGUUUUCGUCAUUAUUAGUUUAGGUCAUGAGAUAUGAGCGACAGCCUUUUGAUAAGUCGCCAUGGAAGCCACCCCUAAAACUCUCUCCCUUUCAGAAAUUUGUAUAGGAAGAUCAGAACUUACUGGUUCAUUUAUAUACUCUGCAAUUGGGGAAUCAUUGUUUUUUGGGGGGUUGGAAAUUAACCUCUCCAUUGUUAGGUACUGUUUGGGAUUUGGAGAGAUUUGAAACUAAUAUUCUUCGGCAAUGCAAGACAAAAAAAUCGUUUGCUUGCUCAUAUUUGGUCUCAUGUUUUGUACCUGUUAACAGAUUAAUUUUGAUACAGAUAAUAGCCUAGCUUAAACAUCUCA